GCCUACCGGAAAUCAAAGGAAGAAGAAGACGACGAAGAACAAGAAGGCUCCAAAUUCCAUGUUGGCCUCGUAGGAAGUCUGCACUAAACUGUAGAUAUUACAUACUUAUCGUAUUGUUUUAUCCGUUAAUAAGCACAUCUAUUGAGAAAAAUGAGCGACAACGAGAAGGACUUUAUCGAGAGGGAAUCCCGGUCCGGUUCCAGGAGUGUGACGCCUCAGGGCUCAGGGAAGUCCGCCAGCCGCUCCCCUGCCCAGUCCCCGGCCCGGUCCCGCCACUCAAGAUCCAAAUCCCGUUCCCGGUCUCACUCCAAGUCCAGGUCCAGAUCCCACCGGAGCUCCAGGAGGCAGUACUCCCGCUCUCGCUCCCGCUCCCACCGCCGGCGCUCCAGGAGCCGCUCUCACAGCGGGGAAUACCGCCGCCACCGCAGCCACAGCCACUCCCCCAUGUCCAACCGCCGCAGGCACAUUGGCAACAGGGCCGACCCUGACCCUAACUCGUGUCUGGGCGUGUUUGGUCUGAGCCUGUACACCACAGAGAGAGACUUGAGAGAGGUGUUCUCCAAGUACGGCCCUCUGGCCGACGUCAGCAUCGUCUGUGAUCAGCAGUCCAGGCGCUCCAGGGGCUUUGCGUUUGUUUACUUUGAAAACAGGGAGGACUCCAAGGAGGCUAAGGAGCGUGCCAACGGGAUGGAGCUGGACGGGCGCAGGAUCAGAGUGGAUUUCUCCAUCACUAAACGACCACACACCCCCACCCCUGGGAUCUACAUGGGCCGGCCCACUUACGGUGGAGGAGGCGGCGGCGGCAGCGGAGGAGGAGGCAGUGGAGGCAGCAGCAGCGGGGGACCCAGCACAUCCAGGCGCAGCAGCAGAGAGGACCGAGGCUACAACAGAGGCUACGACCGCGGUUACGACCGCGGCGACCGGGGCGACCGUGGAGACCGUGGCGACCGUGGUUAUGAUCGCUACGACGACCGGGACUACUACAGGUCAUACGGGCGCAGGUCUCCAUCCCCUUACUACAGCCGAGGGGCCUACAGAUCACGCUCCCGCUCACACUCCCCACGUCACUACUGAGGUGUGGCACCGGAGCCCUCGCCUGACCGAGAUACAAACCUGGGGAGUGGACACAACUGGGGGUGGGGGUGGGGGGGCUUGUGUAUAGUGAAUAAUGUUUGGAAUCCUUUCAUGACGCGACAAAAAGAAUAUCCAGCUAAAUGUUUUUCCUGUCUAUCUGGCACUCUAGGAAGGCCAUACUGUUUAUAACGGUUCACGGACUUCAAACCUAUUGGACACAGGUCUGGUUAUUUUUUUUAUUUUCAUGAGAGUAGUCAGAUUCUGCGUUAAGUUGAUGUUGUGGCGGGUGGAUUUUUAUGGUAAGCAUCCUUUCUGUGUUUCUUUGCUCCAUUUUAUGUAGAUGAGCCGUCUCCUACUGCCAGUUUAGACCUUUUUAUGUUGGUGUUUCCGUUGACAGGAUAAAAUUGGAUAGUGUACAGAAGUCCUCAAUCAAUUAGUGCUUUGUGUGUUUUUGCAUACUGUGUUUUAAGUCUGAUAUAUCCAAGCAAUAAAACUUUACAUAAUCUUUC